CAGGGGGCUUUUAAACGCAGUGAUACAGUACUGUAGUGAAAGUUAGCUAACUGUCUAUCUUAGACUGUGUACAGUACAAUACUGUGCUAAGUUAAGUAGGGAUCUCUCACGUUUGUUUGUUGCACGGGCGGGGACAAGUCAGGUCUGUUGCGACUUCCAAAAUGUAACUAUAGGUUGGUAGCUAGGUAGGUGAGUAGAUUAAUAUGUGUGUGAUGGAAAGGCAUUGUCCCAAAAUAUGAUUACGAUGUAGUCUAAGCUUAGCUUAGCGUGGCUAGCAAUACAAGCGUUGCUGUUGGGAAUGAGAAACAGUCAGCUAACUACUAAAGAUAGCCUUGAAAAUACUAGUAGACAUCUAGUCAUGUUACUAGUUACUCUACAAGUUGUUGUAAUUAAUUAGCUAAAUACUGUGCAGUCAGCCAGCUACAAACAAUGCUUUCGUUCUCUGCCCUACAAACACAGGUCAGCAAGUCCAGAUGCAUGAGUCUGGGUCAGAUCAGACCACUAACAGCAGUCCAGUUAAUCAGACGGAGAAUGGGACCAGUAAGAAUGAUAAUUGGAUGAGCAGGCAAACUCUAUCUCAACAGGCAUCUGGGGCUGAUUGCCCUCAGCAACACCAGUUCCCAGUGUCAGUGUCGAUGAUGACCCCUCCAGUCGAGUCUCUACAGCAGCAGAUCCUCCAGCAGCAGCUCCUCAGCCCUCAGCAGCUCCAGAUCCUGCUUCAGCAGCAGAAAGCACUCAUGUUACACCAGCAGCAAAUCCAAGAGCUCUUUAAGAAACAGCAGGACCAAGUCAGUGUCCAGCUUCUAGAACAGAAGCACUCUGGGACCUCCAGUCAAGAGCAGCUGGCAGCCCAGCAGGUUGUUCUCCAGCAGCAGCUCUUCCAGGUCCAGCAGCAGCACCUGCUCAGUCUGCAGAGGCAGGGCCUGCUGUCCGUCCUGCCCAUCAGCCCCUCCACAACCCAGGGGUGUGAAAAUGGCACCAAGUCAUCUUCUGAUGGAGAGAUAUCCUCCCUUCUUCAGAAGAGUCAGCCUCACAGCCAGCAGUCCACCACUAAUGGACAUCAUGGGUUGAACACCCUAAAAAAGAUUGACAGCUCUCUGGAAGAAUUUGCCCAGAACACACAUCCUCUCUAUGGACAUGGCAUGUGUAAAUGGCCAGGCUGUGAAACUGUCUUUGGAGACUUUCAGGCAUUUCUUAAACACCUGAACAGUGAGCAUACGCUGGAUGACAAGAGCACCGCACAGUGUCGUGUCCAGAUGCAGGUUGUCCAACAGUUGGAAUUGCAGUUAAAAAAAGACAAAGAGCGACUACAGGCAAUGAUGGCUCACCUGAAAUCCACUGAACCAAAACCAGCUGUGCAACCAGUGAAUAUUGUUCCCAGUGUGUCCUUCCCCCAAGCCACAUUUCCUAUAGUCCCUCCUCUCAUGAGCUUGUCUCAGAGUGCCACCACACCCUCCACACCCCUCACACCCCUGUCAGAGUCGUCUGUGGUCACCCCCAACAGCCCUUUUGGCGGUAGCCCGGGAUGCAGACGAUACUCAGACAAGCACAGCAAGCCUAUAAGUCAAGAUAUUGUUCCAAAUAAAGAGUUCUACCUUCGCACUGAGGUUAGACCUCCAUAUACAUACGCUUCGCUCAUAAGACAGGCAAUAUUUGAGUCACCUCACAAACAGCUAACACUAAAUGAAAUCUAUAAUUGGUUCACACGGACCUUUGCAUACUUCAGACGCAAUGCAGCUACUUGGAAGAAUGCUGUGAGACACAAUCUCAGCCUCCACAAGUGUUUUGUGCGUCUAGAGAACGUGAAGGGAGCUGUUUGGACCGUUGAUGAAAUUGAGUUUCAUAGGAGACGGCCUCAGAAAUCAACUGGCAGUGGGUCUUCCUCCCUGAAGAACAUUCAAAACUCUGCGUCUACUGCUCAAGCUCCAGCUCAUCUGUACGACCCAGCCUCUAUGGGAUGCAUCCCUCUCAGUGCCUUGUCCCUGGUGCUGAAGGAGGAGAUGAAAGAAGCUCUCUGCUACGGAGCUGGAUCCCAGGGUGACAGCAGUGCAGAACACUCUCCUCUGCAAGCCACUGUCAAAGCCGAGCAGGAAGAGGAAGAGAUCUGUGAGAGCUUUCCGCCUGAAUCUCCUGACAGUACAGAUGAGCACAGUCCCAGCCCAGGAGUGGACCACGGUGAAGAGGACCACAGUGAAGAAGCUGGCAGUCCAGGGAAGCAAAGACUACAGCUGGACCACGUGCCUUCUCUCUGACCAACAUUUUCACAGCAAAACUUCCACUCUGACAGCUAGAAUAUAUUAAGCCUAAUGGCCCACUAAACUCCAACACAACACAUUUCCCCUUGAGAAAAGACUUUAUCACAGUUUAAGGAUUUUUUGUUUGUUUCAGUGUAGUAUGUAAUAUCAGAAGACAGUAGCGCAUGAAACAAUAAAGAAUCAAUUUUGUCCUACGCAGAGAUGGUAAGCUUUAUGUUACAGCCUCAAGUAAUAUAUAUAUUUGUGUUAUUUCGAAUGUAGAAAAAAUUUAGUAGAAUAACCAAAGUAAAGGGAAUAUUCAUGGUCGGCACCUUGUGUUGUCUGAUAUCCCUUUAAACUAUUCACACUAUGCUGCAUCUCGAGUGGCAGAUAGGAUUUUUUCCACGUGUGAUGAAACUAAUGACUGAAUAAAUGUACAUGGUUGAUUUACAAACACAAAUAUAUACACUGCCAGCAAAUAAGAUUGAUGUGUAUUUAUUAAAGCUGAAUCACAAAAAGACAACUUAACCUAUCUGGUGAGAUGGCAUUAUUUAUGUACUAUUUGUUUCCUUUCACUACCCCAAACGUUGUUCAAUGUGGGAUUUUUGAAUUUGUAACCUCCUUUGACAAUUUAUAAGACACAUUAUCAUGAUUGUACGCCUAUGUCAAUGAAUAAAACACUAGGAUAAAUGUG